GGCGACGGUAGAGUGUAGUCAAUUUCGUUCCUCGUUUAAUUAUUUUUUAAAAUAAUUUACGUUUUUCUCCAUUAAAAACUUUCACAUCGUCCUUCCUGAAGAGUAGUGUUGGGAUGGCUUCGUCGCGUAAAAAACAGGACGAGAACAACCUGAAAACGUUGAGGGAAUUAGCGUCUCGGCCCCAAAAUAAGUUCUGCUUCGAUUGUGGUCAAAGGGGCCCUACAUACGUGAACGUUACCAUAGGGUCUUUCGUUUGUACGAAAUGUUCUGGAAUCUUACGAGGUAUCACACCACCACACAGAGUCAAGUCGAUAUCGAUGGCGACUUUUACCGCAGAAGAAAUAGACAUUAUUAGAAGUAAAGGGAACGAAUAUUGUAGAAAAGCAUGGCUAGGUUUAUACGAAGGCACUUUACCCAGUUUCACAGACGAACAACAAGUUAGGGAUUUUAUGAUAGAAAAAUACGAAAGGAAAAGAUAUUAUCUAGAACAAACCAUGACAAACCCAGAAGUUCCCAACACGAGGCCGUGGAUAAACGGUACCAACAACGGCAAACUGUCUAAUGGAACUGCCGUGGUCAAAAAUGGAUUUGUAAAAGCCACCCCCAAUGGUGGAUUAGUGAGAAAAGGUGCCACUAGAAGCAGACCCGAAGUGAAGGGUCACUCUCAACAACAAAAUGGUGUUAACAACAAUCAUUUAGUAACUAGUAAUGGUUUUGCUGUAGAUUUUGAUAGGGCAGAUAUUUUUAGUAAUACUUCAACUUCAAGCACUGGAUCGUCACAAAACGGAUUCGCCGACUUUGAACACAAUCAAGUCUACAACGCAAAUAAUAACGCAACAAAUGGUAUGCCAACUUCAAUGAAUGCAUGGGUGUCACAACAAGCUCCACUUAAUCCUCAAAACGGCCAAAGUACAGCGCCUUCAGUUAAUUCCACCCUUCCUCCUGCUGUUCAGGACAAAUAUGCUGCACUUAAGGAUUUGGAUAACGAAAUGAAACAGCAACAACACCCAGAUGUCUGGUCAACUUCAAACAGUGGUUCAACAGGGUCUUUGUAUAGUUCGUCUACUCCAAAUACUGGAUCGGUGUACGGAUCACCGUCGCCUCAAGGAUCAAUAUUCGGAUCGCCCAGUCAAGGCCAGUUCGCCAAUGCAUUCAACAACCUUCAAGAAACGAACAACACCCCUCAAAUAGCCAACCCUUUCGGAACUAAUUCCCAAUCAACACAAUGGGCGUCCACUAAUGGCUUAAGCAAUGGUUUUGCCAACUCCAAUGGUUCUAAUAGUUACAACAAUGGCCUAACUAAUGGUUUACAGGCACAACCAAGUUAUGUAAAUCCUUUCAGGGAUCAAUUGGGAAAAACGAAUGGGUUUUCCAAUGGGUUUCAACCAAUGUUCCCUAGUAAUGGGUUGAAUAAUGGUUGGGGUGGAAACCCAUUCAAGGUUGGUGGUGUAACUGCUACUACUGUAAACUCCAACAACCCCUUUUUAUGAAGCCCAUACUAGGACAAUUUAUUAAAAUGAAGAAACUGGACAUAUAACUAACUGCGCUUCUUGACUAAUAUGACGAGAUCAAAAAUAUUUCUGCCUCUAUUAUACAUGUGAGCUUUAAAUUAGAAGAAACAAAGAUAUAACUUUGAAAUAAAAAUGUGGAUGUGAACAUUUGGCUAGGAUUGUACCAUUUAAAGAAAAUUGCAAACUAGCUAAACAGUUAUUAUGAAAAUUUUAUGGCAUAUUCGACUAUCCUGCAUUUACCCUGUUCAACUUGGAAAUUGAUGGUUCCAUUGCAAUCCCAAUUAGAACUGGCUGUAUAACUCUGUUCGCAUAUUCAUAAUUGCCCCAAAAUAUGAAAAAUCAUAGUGGAUGAUCAGAGUAUUUGAAAACGAAAUUUGCGAAAAACACUGGGCAAUACAUGAUACUGCAGAUGCCACUAUUACUGCUUGCAGCUUCUUCCUUCUUAUUUAUAGACCAAGCAUAACUUCUAUGCAAGGCACUAGCACUGCGUCAAAAAGUUCUAUUGACAGUAGUUCUAUAUAAGCAACCCAAACAGAUUCUGUUGGUCUAUCCUCUAUCAAUUCAGGUAGUCGAAUGCAGGAACUUUUCAAUGGCAUCAUAAAUUAUUGCACUGCUCUCUAAAAAUAUAAGCCGACUACAUAGUACAGAUAUUCGAAUAAGCCAUUAGUGUGUAAUUUAUUUUUGUUGUAUAAUAUUUAUUAUCUAUCACAAAGGUGUGAAUAUACUGUUUACUAAUGUACUUUCAUUAUUUUUUAUUUUUAGUUAUUUAGCAAAUUUUAUUUUUAAUUAGAUUGAGGUUAUUGAAAUGAAUGAGAAAUUGUUCUAAAUAUUUGUGUUCAUUUCAAAGCUCUCAAGUUCAACUUAUUUAAGAGCUUUGUAGCACACAGGGUGACACUAAAAAUUUCGGCCAUGUUUCAUUAUUACCAAAGUUAAUUUAUAAUUAAUUUAAUAUAACAACUUAAAUGUACUUUUUAGUGCUCAUCCUGUAGCGUUUCUCUAGUACUAGAAUCUUGCUUAAUCUUUCUCUUGAAAAUAAGCUAUAUAGGGUAACCUCAAACUGUAAAUAGUGAUAUCAAAGAUCAAAACAAAUUAUAGAAUAAUAUUUUGUGUAUCCAUAUUAUAUUUUAUUGUUAAGCUUUGGUGUUCUAAGAAAGUGGCCUUUCGAGACUAGAAUAUUUUUAAAUGACUAACUUUGGAAUUGUUAACGUCUGAUAGGGUUUUGGGGAAUAAAAAUGAUUGGAAACCAUUCAUUUUGUAUUCGAGUCGUACUGUGAUAAAACAAAAGUAAAUGUGCAGUAAAUUCCGGUUUUUAUUUGUGGCACUGAUUUUGUACCAAAAGGGUAAUCUUUUUGGAAAUAUAUUAAAGAAAGUACAUUUUUCUGACAAUAAUGCAAUGUCGAAAAAUUAUUUUGCUACUUUUAAACUGCUUGAAGAGGAAUUAUUUAUUAUCCAGGUUCGUUCUCUGGUUGACAUCUCUUAACACGCUGUAGAUAAAAAUUUUAAGCCUAAAAAAUGAAAAUGAGUGCCGUCCGGGUUUUAAACUAGCAACACUUUUAACCAUACAAAUAAGUUUAGAAAGUUGUAACUUUUUUUUCUGCAAAUUUGCACAACAUAUUUAGAAGUUUGGCAAAAUAACGUUUCUGUGUAUUUGUAAAUAUUUAUCAUUAUACAUACAUAAUAAAAUUUUAAUAACACUCAA